AUGCAACAUCCUUUGCAACUAGAUCAUAAUCAAUACAUAUUUUCCACAAAUGAGUGUGAAUGUAAUACCACUAGCUUGCGUUUGCUGGCGCUGCUGUACCAAACGUCAAAGUCAACGACCCAGAUUUCCACGCAGAAGAAGCAAUUGCCAGUGAGAGAGCAGCAUGAUGGGCGCGCAGCCGCCAUGUCUCCGAGAGAGAAAAAUGUAGCUCUCCUUUUUGCAUUAGGCAUAGUAAGUCUCGCCUUUUAUUUUAUUCCCUCUUUUCUUUACAUUGUUGGGACUCUUGUGCUUUGUGGUGGCGUGUGCCUCCUGUGUCGCGGAACGCCGCUUCCCGCCAGAUUAGGCCUCAAUCCUCGGGCUGGAUUUAUCGCCCCAGCCGGCUACCUGCGCCGCUUUUGGGACUGGUGGGUGAGCGACGUGUCGGUGUUGUCGCGGAGGACGACGAAGCCCGACGUCGGCAGACGUGAGCCACGCGGGUCGUCGCUUGGAGCUUUCAGACAAAGGCCGACCGACGCUGCCAUCUAUCGAGAGGGACACAUAGCUAGCGACACGUUUCUUUUUAGCCCGGGGGACUUUCUCAUGGGAAGCUACAUUGGCAAGCCAGAAAGUCCCACCGGCGACUUUGGGAGGCCCAGGGUGGUCCGGAACCCCCGGGAGCAACUGCGGGAGAAGUUAUCCAGACCCAACCAUGCUGUCUGCACACCGAACCGGAGGCUGUCGUUUGCCGGGGAGCCGUCGGGCACAGUGGGACACUUCACCAUCACCCCCCAGCGGCAUUACCCCCUUCAGCAGCCAGGCGCCUCCUCUGUGGGGGUCCUGCCUCCCGUCAGGUGGGACGGCUUCAGGAAGAAGAGCAUCCUCACACCCCGGAAUUCAGCGGCGGUUCACAGUCCCGUCACUGUGAAGAUCGCCCGACCCGACCACACCAGCUCUAGUUUAGAGCACCUGAGUUGCGCGGCUGUGCCCAGGGCCCCUGCGGACCCCUGCUCCAGAGAGAGUGUCCUUAAGGUGUUGAAGGAAAGCCGCAAGCGAGAGGUUGAUGAUGCAGACAGAAGCUUCACCACUGAGCAGACAAGCAAGAGAAGGCGGAAUGACAGCGGAGGAAGUGCUCACUCGGCUUUUGGGCCCCUCUUGCCCAAUGGAGCCCCAUCACAACUAGUCCCUAAGCCAGGAAGCCUAAAACGAGGGAUGAUCUCAGUGGCAGAGGAGUCCACCUUCAAGAGGUCUCGCACCUCUUCCAUCAGCUCUGCCAGCGGUGUUCACGCCCCCGGAGGGACGCUGGGUUCAAAGAGAAACCCCAUCCAAAGCUCCUACAGCUCGACACUGGGCCUCAUGCAGUUUAAGAGGCCAUCUGCGCCGAGCUCUCCUAUGUCCAGCCCGGGUUCUUCCCGCUGUCAGACACCAGACGGCGCCGCUAAGAGACAGAGAGAGGAUGAUGGCCUUUCUCCCAGUUCGGCGUCCUCUGUGCGAUCAGAAAGGGCGGCGGCGGACAAAGCACCUGAUACAUCCAAACAGACUCCAGUCCCCAAGAUCACAGUCACAACCUCAAAAAACUCCGCCGGUAGCAGUGGGAAGAGAAAACGUAAGAUCCAGCUGGUGUCCACCAACCGGGACGACCUAAUCUCACUGCCUCCGCCACCUGAGUUGGGCUACACGAUCACUGUGAAAGAUCUGGAUGAAGAGAAAAAGGCCGCCAUCAACAAGAUCCAGAAGGUCCUGGAGACACCCGUUCCCGAACCCGAGAAGUCCACCCCUCCAUUGACCACUACCACGCCUGCUUCGUCUACCACCUUAGGCCCGAAGACCACCAGCACUGCCUCCAGCAGCCUCACCCUGAGCAGCCUCCUGGCUGCCCCUCUCCCUAAAACCUCCAGCACUGCCACCCCGGUCAUCAACCUGGAUCCUAAUCCAGCCCCCGCGGUUUCUAACCCGCUCCUGGAGGCUCUGAAGAUGAAGAGUCCUGUGAGCUCCGCCUCUGCUGCCAGCACCACCACAGUGUCUGCAUUGACCUCACUGGUACCACCCGGUGCCUUAAGCCCGAAGGCACCGACCACAACAGAUGCCCCGAAGCUGCCACCCGCCUCUCAGUCUCAGCCCCCUUCAACCAGCGUGAACAAGCCCUCUGCUUUCACUCAGGUCCUGGGCCAGGUUUCCAAGCCUGCCAGCAGUAUUCCAUCGCUACAAGCGACCGGCCUGUUUGGAAUCCCGAGCCAGAUCGGCAUUCCCGUCGCAUCCUCGGCUUCUAACCCCACACCGGUCACGACUGCGCCGCUCAGUCACUCCAACCCUCUGCUGGCCUCGGGGUUCAAACCCAUCUUUGCUGUCGCUACCACCGCCUCCACCCCGUCAACCAUUACAGCCCUGGAGAGUAAACCCCUUGUUCAAAACUUCAAGCCCAUUUUUGGAAGUAGCUCCACAGGGUCUAGCUUCACCCCGCCUCCUGACAAAAACUCAGCCGCAGCAUCCACGACGGUUUCUCGCGCCACCGGGGCCGGCUUUGCACCGCCACCCUACACACCCUCUACCGCAACAUCCGCGACAGUCUCUUUAAGUUCUUCGGUAUUCGGUGCCUCAACAAGCAGCUCCAUUACGCCGUCACUCUUCUCUGGAUUGACCUCCAUUGCAGCACCCACCACUGGCUCAACUGGCUCCACUACAACUACCAGCAGCAGCACAAACCCCGCAGCCCAGCCAGCUGUAAAAUCCAUCUUUGGAACCUGGUCGGCACCACCCUCAGCUAGCAAGAGUACCACCUCGGCGCCAGCUCUUACAACAGGGUUUCACUUUGGAGCCGUCGCCACCACAACCGCUCCACCCCCGGCCGCCAGCGCUACAACGGCCGCCACCCCCGCCACAACCUCCAAUAACGCCUUCACGUUUGGAACCUCACAGCCAACCCCUCAAGUCACCAGCCAGAAUACGUUUGCCUUUGGUCAGACCGCAGUCAGUCAGAACACAACCACAGCUUCAUUUGGAGGUUUUGCAAUGGCCGCCCCCGCACCCACAACCACCGCCGCCACCACUAAUGCUGCUGCUGCGACCCCGACCCAGUCCACCUUCACCUUCGGAAAGCCGCCAUUUCAAACCCUGCCACCCCAGUCGAACUUCAGCUCCACAGCCGGCGCCGCACCUAAGCCGUUUACCUUCGGAGGCAGCGUAGCUCCAGCUCCACCCGUGUCCAACCCCGCCCCGGCGCCUUUUAACUUUGGGGGAGCUGCCGCCGCUGUCACGGCCCCCUCCAGCUUUGUGACGCCAACCAAGCCGGCGUUUGGGGGCGGCUCGAGCGUAUUCGCUUUCGGAAGCACCACCGCGCCCUCGGCGGCGCCGGGCUUUGGCCAGGCCGCCCAGACCCAGAGCACCCCGUCCUUCUCGUUUGGUGGCGCCGCUCCCCAGCAGACCCCCUCGGGCCCUGCACCGCCAGCAUCCAGCGGGUUUAACUUUGGCGCCGGCAUUUCACAACCGCAGUUCGGAACACCUGUCACCAAUAAUCCCGCACCGCAGAUGGGAAGCUUCAGCUUUGGGGCUGCUGCCACAUCCACACCAUCUUUUGGUCAGAACACAGCUGCAGCCGCCGGUCCGAUUCCUUUUGGAAGUCCUAGUACGCCGGUCCAGGGCUUCAACGCUGUUCCUUUUGGUUCCCCAGCGACUCCUUCCUUCUCCAUCGGGGCAGGCUCAAAGCCAAGCGGGGCGCGGCAGAGACUACAAGCGCGGAGGCAACACAACAGGAAGAAGUAACCUCGCACUGCUGCAACGUUUGAGAAGACUUUCGAGUCACUGCUAAGGUUUACCAAUCCCCCCACCCACCAACAAGACCGCCACCAAAGUACUCUGCUUGCAGAGGAUGUAGAAAGCUGCCUGGACAACUUCCUGUCCUCAGGAGACAGGAUCCAUGUGUACGGGGGGGGGGCUAUUUGAGUACUUUUCUGAAAUCAUAUCAGCAUUGUUUUGGACACUUCCGUUGGGCGAAGUCUUAAGGAGAACGGAGACAAAACUUUUUUUUAUGCAGACUGAUUUGUAUGUUCGUCGACCUUCUCGCAAAGCUCAAAAAGACGGCGGGGACGCAAACAAAAGGAUACGCAACGAUGCCGUGUAAAUGUCAACCGGUUUGCAUUUUUUUAAAUUAUUUUUUCAACUCUGCUGCCUGCCUGUGUGCGUGACUUCCAUGUCUGUACAUAAAGGACAAUUAAGUAGAUGGGUUUGAUUGCUUCCCCAUAGUGGUUGUGUUGACUGCAAACAUUCCGAAAAGUCCUCCCAUGGAUGCAUUUUAUUUUAUUUUAUUUUUUUUUUUUUUUAAGACUGAUGAACAGUCCAGUCGAUUUCUAUACAGCCCGUGUACACCUUGCCACGCAAUGCUAAAAUCAUCCCAAAUCUGUUUUGAUUGUUGCAUCAUUUUAAAUUAAGUGCUAACCGGAGGAGUUCAUUAAAACUGAAGUGGUUCCCCACAACAAUAAGAUACAGAUAAACCAAAGCAGAUUGUUCAGCUUCACGCCAGUGACAAAAACAUUGAAUUAUUAUUAUUAUUUUUUUUUAUAAACUUACUUUGUGCCACACUACCUCUAAAUCGUCAUCCGCAACUGCUUGGAUGGUUUUUAUUCAUUUCAAGGCAAUCUCGACUACUGUUUUAGCGAUCAAUCAGAAUAAUAGUUUGUAGGACAAAGGGUGUCACCAUCAUUUGUCAGAGCUAUUUAUGACAUUUACAUGUGCAGCUCCCAGUGAUUAUUGUUGAUUUAAUAAAAAUGGUUGGAUGGAUGUUCCAGUUCAGAACCCAUUA